AUGGAUCAGCUCAAGGACACGUUCUACGCCCUCACGUCGUGCUUCUGCCAGCAAGGUCAGUCCGAGCUCACAACAUGCGCCUCGACGCGUUGCGCAACGUCGCACCAGCGUUACUCACAAGCCUGUUGAUGGGCGGCAACAGACGCGACACUGAAGCUGAAUGGACGCUCGUUCAAAAUCAUCAAAUUGCUCGGCGAAGGAGGCUUCUCCUAUGUGCGCAACCCUCCUUUCCUCCGUCGCGAAGAGCACGUCGUCUUCGCGCGACAGCUCACGUGUCAACCUCACUGAACGGCGCGCUCCUUUGGGCCCUAAUCUGCUACGCCCAUCCGGUUCACAGGUCUACCUAGCUCAGGAUCUCACCUCGUCGCGCCUAUUCGCGCUAAAAAAGAUCCGCUGCCCGCUGGGGUCGGAUUCGGUACGGCAGGCGCUGAAAGAGGUCGAGGCGUACAAGCGCUUCCGCCACCCCAACAUCAUUCGCUGCCUCGAUUCAUGUGUCGUUCAAGACCCCGACGGAUCCAAGAUCAUCUACCUGUUCCUGCCCUUCUACCAAAAGGGAACGUGAGUCGACUAGCCCGCCCCUGCCUCGAGCGAAAAAUCGGAGCUCACCUUUUCAGAUUGUGGUCUCGCAGAUGUCAGGACAUCAUCACCUCUAACGCCGUUAACGGAUCGCAUUCGACCGAAUUGGACACACUGCAGCUGUUUCUCGGCACGUGCUUGGCCGUACGAGCGAUGCAUACAUACACGCCGUCCCGCUCGUCCUCGGCCGCCGCAGAUCCUUCGUCCUCGUCCUCGGCGUCGGUGAAUGACCCUUCGUCGUACCCACCUACGAGCUCCAUGUCGCGUCAGGCAACGAAUACGGAAGACGAAGACGACGGGGACGAAGAGGACGAAGGCCUUGUUCGAGCUGGUGAAGAAACGGAGGGGCAGGCCCUGAUCGGCGGUGUCGAAGCGAUCAAGGGCGCCGUCGUACAGGAACGGGAGGAUUCGGGCCUUCCUGGUCUCGGUGAUUCGACGGUGGCGCUGGGAAAGCUGGGCACGGCUUCGGGGAAGAAGAGUGGCGGCGCGAACAACGGCGUCGAGCCUUGGGCACAUCGAGAUAUCAAACCCGUGAGUCUGCCAUGCAGCGAGCAUACUCGACGCACGCUUCUUGACACCUUGCUAACAGGUCCAUUGCUUGUGGAACACGCAGGCCAAUAUUAUGCUAACCGACGACUCGCGACCGAUCCUCAUGGACUUUGGUUCCGCCUUGCCCGCUCGCAUCCCCAUCCCGAAUCGACAAAUCGCUUUACUCCAACAGGACCUCGCCGCUGAGCACUGCUCGAUGCCGUUCCGAGCCCCCGAGCUCUUCGACGUCAAGACGGGGAUCACACUGGACGAGAAAGUCGACAUCUGGUCCCUCGGUGCGACGUUGUUCGCGAUGGCGUACGGAACCAGCCCGUUCGAGACGACCCAGCAGUCCGAACAUGGUGGCUCGAUCGCGAUGGCCGUCAUGAACGGCAAGUACGACUUUCCUCGAUCAAGCGAAGGUCGGCAUUCGGAAGGGUUCAGAGACUUGAUUAGGAUGAUGUUGAAGGUCGACCCGAAGCAGAGGCCUGAUAUCCACCAGGUCAGCCACCAUUUGGACCGCCCUUCUCCGUCGAGACGCCGAGCUGAUCAGAAGUUGCGGCAUUCACAGGUCAUUACUUCUACCGAGGCAGUCAUUGCCAGACUGCGAUAA